UCAGGUUAUUUGACAGAUAUCUGUCUUGCUAAAAGAGGCUAUUCGUACUUGAAGCUGUUGCGGCUGGUAUGCGGACCUGGCUGGUUGAUGACGGGCGCCGAGAGUCCGACUGAUGCCCCGCCAUGUCUCGGCGCCGAUGAAAUUUCCCACUGACAAGGUAGCUAACGACCCCGCGAUCCACGUCUGGACACCGAAAGCUUCAAGUAGCUCGCCGCCGUUCGCUCUCUACAACCAUUUUUUCACCGCCGAUCUCGCCUGGAUACCCUCGAGUGCUUCUAGUUUGGUCCCUCUGCCAUCACGCGCACCAUGGAGCCCGCGGAGACGCUCGAGCAGCUCCAUGCCCGCCACCGGCGCGAGGUCAAGGACCUGCAGGGCCGCAUAACGGGCAAGAAGAAGAACGCGACCAAGAAGACGCGCAAGGGCGUCAACGACGAGUGCGCUGAGCUGGAGCGGAAAAUGCGCGAUCGGCACGCCGCCGAAGUUGCCGCCCUAAGCCCUGGGACGAACAACGAUGAGAACGACGACGACGACGACGACGACGACGACGACGACGAGCCGCAGACGACGGAUGGUGCAGAGGAGGACAAGCUGGCCAAGGCGACGGAGAGCCUCAGUGUGUCCGAGAAUACGCCAAAGCCCGCUGCCCAGCCGCAACAACCUGGCAAGAAGCGAAACCGCCAAAAGGACCGGAUGGCGCGUCGUGCGGCAGAACUCGAAGCCGCCGCGGUACAAGCGGAGGAGGAGGCGGCCAACAUGACGGACCACCGUGCGCGCGAGAGCGAGUUCAUGAAGAAGACGUUCGAGACGCACAGCCUUGUACAGAAGGACAUUAUGCCAGACGGUCACUGCCUGUUCUCCGCCAUCGCCGACCAGCUGGGCCAGAACGACAUCCCCCUUGGCGGCGAAGGCGCCAAGGAACCUGACUAUAAAACGGUGCGCCGGGCGGCGGCCGCUUAUAUGCUAGAGCACGGCGAUGACUUCGCACCGUUCCUUGAAGAGGACUUGGAGGCAUAUACACGCAAGAUACAAGACACGGCUGAGUGGGGUGGCCAGCUGGAGCUUAUGGCUCUGGCGCGGCGGUACAAGGCCGAGAUCCGCGUAGUGCAGGACGGACGGACGGAGCGUAUCGGCGAGGACGAGGGAGCGGCGUCGGGAAAGACGCUAUGGUUGGCCUACUACAGACACGGCUAUGGGCUAGGGGAGCACUACAACUCACUCCGGAAGGCGCCAUGAGGAAGAGAAGAUCAAAAAAGGACUCUUUACUUUUAUAUAUGCUUAUGGUAAUCAUGUACGAUGGUUGUUUUGGUAUUAGAGACGAGGAGAAGACGCAGCAGAAGCAAGAGCAAAGAGGCAAGGGCAGCGCGAAAGCUAUCGACUCCAUACUGAGAUGAAGUCGAGAAUAGCGCCAUCAUUGCCGGUGCCGUCACCGUGCGUCCGCAGAGGUUUGAUCAAGCUCAGCCGGUGUAGGGCGUCGGUUCG